GUUCUGAGCUACAUGGUAAGCCAUAACUUAAUGUCAAAUAGACAUUUAUCGCGGCCAUGCCAGGAUAGGACCCAGCGUUAUAGGGCGUAUUGGGCGUUGAUCAAGUUUUAAGGGUUAAGAAUGUGGGGACAGCUUAACAACCUUACAAAACUCGUGUCAGAGCAGGCUGGUUCUGUCAUCAAGGAUGCUGGGCUGAACGCUACCCUGAGUUCCGCAAAGCAGCAGCUCACAGGGCAGCUUGAUAAACUCGCGAGCAGUGUUCUUGUUAUUGAGCCCGGCCAAGGGAGUAAGCCGCCUGCGGAGGUCAAUACACGGUCGGAUGAACCUCCGAAGGCCCCUGGUAACGGCCAGGAUGCAGCCCUCUUGGGAGCUCUUCGCGACGAAAACGCGAGCCUACAGCGCAGGCUGCAGGCGCUUGAGGAGACCGCCACCGAAGCGCUGGGUGAGCUAGACGAGGCGAAGGAUGAGCUCGGCCGAGAGCGAGCGGCGCGCACCGCAGCUGAGCAGCGACUGGGGGAGGCACAGCGGCAGGUGGAGAGGCUGGCGGAGAAGGCGGAGGAGGCCAGGCGCAGCGCUGCCGCUGCCGCCGCUGCCACAGCCGCUGCUGCUGGCGCGGUUGCUGCAGACAGUGAGGAGGUGCAGAAGUUAAAGGAGGCGCUGGAGUCCAGCCAGGCCCAGACCAGGGCCAUGGAGGCCAAGGGGCGGCGGCAGUACCAGCUGCUCAUGGCAACAAAGCAGCAUCUCACGGAGCUGGAGGCGAGCCAUGCGGAGCUGGCCCGGCAGCAUGAGGCGGUGGAGGCGCAGCGGCAGCAGCUGCAGGCGCGGCUGGAGGAGCUGCAGCAGCAGCAGCAGCGGGAGGGUGGUGGUGGGGAAGGGGAUGGGGAAAGGGAGAAGCCGGGAAGCGAGGGGCUGCUGUUGGAAGGGCUGCGGGAGCAGGUGGAGGAGUUACGGCGGGUGCUGCAGCAGCGGGAUGAGAGGAUUGCGGAUCUGGAGGCGGGGCAGGCGCAGCAGCAGCAGGAGCGGCAGGGGGCAGCGGAGGCGACGGCAGCUGCUGCAAUGGCAGUGGCAGAGGUGGAUGCCAAAGGAAGCGAGGCAGCGGCCGCUGCAGCCGCUGUUGCUGCCCAACUUCGGCGGGAGCUGGACACGGCUCUAUCUGAGCUGGCAGAGGCCGAGGCCAGGGCCCAUGCGGCGACGGGGGAAUCCUCCCGCCUAGCUUCUGAGCUUCAGCAGCUGCAGCAACAACAGCGACACCAGGCAGAACAAGCCAGCACACAGGCCCAGGAGUUGACCUCGCAGCUCUCAGCAGCCAGGCAGCAGGCAGCCGCGCUGACGGCAGAGGUGGCGGAGCUGCAUGGGGAGCUGAAUCGUCAGCGGAACCUGGUUUCGGAGCUCGAUGCCGUACUGGAGCGGGAGCGUGGGCGGGCGGCGGAGGCAGCGGCGACGCUGGCGGCGGCGGAGGGGCGAGCGACGGAGGCGGCGACGGAGGUAGAGAGCUUGAAGCAGCGCAUGUCGAGUGAGGGUGUACGACACCGACGUGAGGUGGAGCAGUUGACGGAUUCGUUGGAGGAGUUACGGCGGCAGUUGGACGAGCAGAAGAGAACGGCCGCCGCUAGCGCCGCGCUAGCGCAGCAGCUGGCAGUGUGCGCUGGGCAGCUGGACGCGGCUACGGCGCUGUACGAAUCCUCCAUGGCGCCGUACGCAUUGUACGGCAAGGCAUUGGAUGAGAUGACGGAACAGCUGGCAAAGGCCAUGUCUGGGCAGGCAGUAGCGACUAUCGGUACUCCGGAACGCACUUCUCCUCCUGCUGCAUCUGAUAAGAAGAAGUCGAACCGUCGCAGCACCGGCGCUGGUUCGCCGGCGGCGGCGGCUGCAACCGCCGCAGUAACCAUCACCGCGGCAGCACCGACGGAUGUGGAGCAGGAGCUUUCACGCCUUCGCAGCGAGCUAGCGCAGCUCCGACACGGCGCAGAGGCGGCGGUGCAGCUCCGAAAGCAGUUGGCGGUGCGCGAUGGUGAGUUGUACGACACCCGUCAGCGCGCGCAGCAGGCCGAGCAGGAGCGCGCCUCCCUUGAGGAGCGCAUGCAGCGGCUGCAGGGGCAGCUUCGGGAGGCUCGGGAGGCCCGGGACGCAUGCGGCGCUGAGGCUGAGGAGCAGCGCCGGCGGCUGCAGGCUGAGCUGACGGCGGCAGGGCAGCGGGUACGGGAGCUUGAGUCGCAGCUGACGGAGGUGGAGGCGGCGGCUCGUACGGCGUCCGCCACGGCGGCGGCGGCGACGGCAGCGGAGACGUCAGACCUCCGGGCGCGCGUUGAGGCGGCGGAAGCAGAGGUCCAGGGAUUACGGGGUGAGGUGGAGCUCAAGGGCGCUGCGUUGGAGAAGGCCGAAGGCCGUUGCUUGGAGCUAGAAGUGCAAACGUCGCGGCUGGAGGGUGAGGUGACCCGUGGGUCGGUUGCGCUACGAGAGGCGCAGGAGCGAGCGGAGGCGCUGGAGGAGGCGCGGCGGGAGCUGCAGGCCUCGGCUGAGACCCAGGAGGGUCGAGUGAAGGAGCUGACGGUGCAGCUUUCGGAGCUGAGGCAGCAGCUGGAUGAGGGCGGGUCGGCCUCACGGACUGCGGCGACGGCGCUGGCCGCCGUGCAGGGCAAAGCGGCGGAGCUGGAGGCACGUGCAACGGAGCUGGAGCUGCAGCUUAGCAGCAAGUCCCAGGCGCUGCAGGUUUCGGAGCUGGCCCUGGCUGAGGCGCAGUCGGAGCUCCUGGCGGUGCGGGAGGAGCUGGCGGCGGCGGGCAGCCAGCUGGCGGAGGCGAGGAGCCGAGUGGAGCGGCUGACCCAGGAGCUGUACGACAAAUCAGCGGCACUGGAUGCCGUACGCGACGGAGCCCAGGCGGAGGUGGCGGUGGCGGCGCAGCGACUCAACGCAGCCGCCAGUCGGGUUUCGGAGCUGGAGGCGGCGACGGCAGCGGCGGCGGCGGCGCAUGAGGCGGCGGCGGCGGAGCUGCAUGCCAGGCUGACGGCGGCGGAGAAGGAGGCAGCGGCGGCCAAGUCCGCCGUACGACAGCUGGAGCAGCAGGUUGCUGUACUGCGCGACAGUCUGACGGCGGAGCGCGACGCCGCUGCCGCCAAUGCGGCGCUGGUGCGAUCUGAGUGUGAGGCCGCCGCCGCCGCGCAGCUGGCGGAGGCGACUGCGGCCGCCGCCAAGCAAUGGCAGGGGCGAAUGGAGGAGGCGGCCGCUCGACAUGCCACGGCGCUCCAUGAGACGCAGGCGGAGUUGGAUGCCGUACGGCAGCGGUGCGAGGCGGCGGAGGGGGAGCUGGCGGGCCUGAGGGCGGGCAGCGGGGACCUGGAGCGGCUGAGGCAAAAGGUGGCUGACUUUGGCCCGCUGGUGGCCCGGCUGGAGGCGGACAAGGCGGCGGCGCGGCAGGCGGUGGUGGAGGCGCAGGCGGCACGACAGGAGCUGGAGGAGCGAGUCAGGGCGAUGGAGGCGGAGACCGCCGAGCGCACCCGCAAGUUCCAGCUGCUGCAGCGCUCAUUCCGGGGGGAGCUGGAGGCGGCGCGGCAGGCGGCGGAGGCGGAGCGGCAGGCGGCGGGGUCGCAUGUGGCGGCGGCGGCCUCGGGGCGCCUGGCGGCGGCGGAGGCGGCGCUUGCGGAGGAGCGGGCGGGACAGGCGGCGGCGCAGAGCGAUAGCGAGGCGCUGCGACGUGACUUUGAGCGACGAGUGGCUGCAGCGGUGGCCGCGCGCGAGGAGGAGGCAGCCCGGCGGGUGGCUGCCGCCCUGGAGGCCGAGCACACCGCGCAGGAAGCUGCUCGCGCGGCUGAGGCGCGCGCGGAGGCGGCGGAACUCGCCAAGAUUGAGCUCACCCUAGCUCUAGCACGUGUGGACGACGAGGGCCGAGCUGGCGGCGGCGGCGGCGGCGGGUUGCUGCCGUCGGCGUCAUCGCUGUCGGUGCGCCAUGCAAGCAGCGGCGGAGGCGAAGGCGAGCACGCUGGGGUGUCCUCAGCGGCGGCAGCGACAGCGGCGGACCGGCGGUUGGCUCGUCAGGCGGAGCUGUUGGAGGAGGUGCAGGGGCGGCUGGAGGAGGCGGAGCUGGCGGCGGCGGUGCAGACGAGGCGGGCGACGUCAGCGGAGGCGGAGGUGGCGGCGCUGAAGGAGCAGCUUUCGGAGGCUCAGCAGCAGGUGCGGGAGCUCAGCUGGCAGAUCAAGGUGGCGCUGGGCGGCGCGCCGGCGACGAUGGGGCUGCUGGGU